GCACAUAGGCUUUAGAGGGUGGUCUGGAUGCUUGUUGACUUCCUGGUGUUUAUUCUGUUUAAAUAAGUGCAUAAGACCCCACUGGAGGUUUGACUUUGAGAUAUUUAGUGUGGAAUCAUGAGUUUCAGACUGAUGCUAACGCUGUGCAGUUACAGCCGCAGAAUCAUUCGCAUUAAUGCACAAACAGUCACUCCCACAAGGAAUCUUUUCCACAGGUCCCGACAGGACCUUCUUAAACAUGAGCAUGUUAAAUUUGCCGUCAAGCGUCAACAGUUCAAAUCCACUGUUGUCCAGGAAGAACAGAGUGAGGAUUCCCUACUGAAAUGGUUUCUGCUGUUGAUCCCUCUCACCACCUUUGGCCUUGGAACCUGGCAGGUAAAGCGGAGGCAGUGGAAGCUGAAGCUGAUCAAAGACCUUCAUAUAUUGACGACUGCAGAUCCAAUCCCACUGCCCAUAGAUCCUGCAGAGUUGAAGGAUCUGGAGUACCGGCGCGUGAAGGUCCGUGGCCGGUUCGAUCACUCUCGGGAGUUGUACAUCCUGCCACGUUCGCUAGUGGAUCCUGAGAGAGAAGCUCGAGAGGCAGGCAGACUGUCAUCCAGUGCAGAGAGUGGAGCUAAUGUCAUCACCCCAUUCCACUGUACUGAUCUAGGGAUUACCAUCUUGGUGAACCGAGGUUAUGUACCCAAAAAUAAAAUUAAACCAGAAACAAGGAUGAAGGGGCAGGUGACAGAUGAAGUGGACCUGGUGGGUGUGGUGCGUUUGACAGAGCAGCGCAAGCCGUUUGUCCCUCAGAACAACGUGGAGGCGAAUCGUUGGCAUUACCGUGACUUGGAGGCCAUGGCGAAAGCAACUGAUGCUGAGGAGAUCUUCAUCGAUGCUGUGUUAGAGAGUACAAUACCAGGAGGACCAAUAGGAGGGCAGACAAGAGUAACACUGCGCAACGAACACAUGCAGUACAUCAUUACAUGGUACGGACUAUGUGCUGUUACUUCCUACAUGUGGUACGCAAAAUUCAUCAAACGCCUUACCUUAUGAAACUAACCAAUUUUUAUACAGACCAUGGUGUAAAAACAUUGAAAUGUAUUUUUUGAGUCAUUGGUCAAGUAUCGGAAUGAACCAAAAGUUUGAAAUUCUUUUAAAGCUCCUGACUGCAACCAGCCUUUUGUGUGUGUGUGUUUGGAAAUUCAGUACAACACAGCUCCAACACCUUUGGGAGUUUAUAGUUGUGUAUUACGAGUACUUCUGAGACAGUGGUUCUUGGUAUUGCAGUAACCCUGCCCUGCUCAUCAUCCAUUUCUCCUGCUCGAACACACCAGAUUCAGAAUGUCUUAAGCUUAUUUACUCCUGCUUCUUCUGGUUAAGACAGUGGACUUCUGAUUGGAAGGUUGGCAGUUGAAAUCUCAGCAGCCUAGGCUGCCACUCCUGGGCCCCUGAGCAAGGCCCUUAACCCUCAACUGCUCAGUUGUAUAAAAUAACUGUAAGUAGCUCUGGAUAAGGGCAUCUGUUAAAAUGCCAUAAAUGUAUGUGUGUGUGUGUAUGUGUGUGUAUAUAUAUAUAUAUAUAUAAAAUUUUUUUAUAAAAUCCAGUUGAUAACUGAUCUUUACAGAUCUUAAAUUCUGUCCCCUGUUGUGUCCCUAAUGGGUUUUAUCAGAUUAAGAGACACAGAAUAUUUAAUCAUCUAACAGCAAAGACAGUACUAUGCAGGGCAGCAUUACUCCAUGGCCAGGUUUAGAAACACUGUUCAAGAACACUCGUUUCUUUGUAGUACCAAAUAAAUUUGAUGCUUUUGUUGA